AUGCCGCUCCGGCGCCUCCUUGGCCUCUCCGCCGCCGCCUCCGGCCGCCUCCGCCGCGGAUUCUCCGCUGCCUCCUGGCGCCCUCCGUGGGCCAUGGUCCAGCAUGUCGCGGCGCUGAACAUGCCGGCGCCGGGUCCGCGCGCGUCGCUCCGGCUCGCCGAGCCCCCGUGCGCCUCCCGCCUUGUCGUCCCCGCCCACCUCGUCCGCCCGCCGCGCGACCUCGACCCCCCAGGUGACACCAUAUACGCGGCCUUCGCCGGUAUCGUCAGUGCCGCGAGCGGCGACGGCCUCCUCCUCCUCACCUUCUAUGAUUUCCCCGCCACGGCCCCCGUCGUCCCCGGAGUCGUCAUGCCCGGCGGCAUCCGGGGACGGAUGCUGACUGAAGUCGCCGAGGAACCCGAAGUCACGCGCUUCGUCUGCAACCCCCUCGGUGGCCAGCUGGUCCGCCUUCCGGACAUCGACGGCACGACGAAGACAUUGUGGUACUCGGACAUUGGCAUCCUCACCCAAUCCGAGCUCCCGGAUCAGCCACCUGACAAGUACGCCGUCGCUGUGCUCAGCAAUGGCCAGGACCGGAGCUUCGUCCUGCGGCGGUUUCUCUCGCAAACAGGAAAAUGGGACAAGAUGGUGGGUUUGCCGUCCCCACUCCAGCUCGCGCGCCCGAUGGACAUGUACAUAGCCCAUGAGGCGGUGGCCUUCGCCGGCCGGCUGUGGUGGGUCGACGUGGCCCGCGGCGCACUCUCCGUCGACCCGUUCAGCGACCGGCCGGAGCUCCGUUUUGUCGAGCUGCCGAAGGGCAGCGUCACAGAGCACGCGGACUGUAAGAAGCGACGGGACUUGUGCAGGUACCGGCGCAUGGGCGUCAGCGAAGGGAGGAUGCGCUAUGCAGAGGUGUCACAGGAAGAGCCUUUCCUGCUCAGCUCGUUUGCUCUUGACGACGACGGCAGCUGCUGGACGCUGGAGCACCGGGUGGCACUACGCCGACUAUGGCCGCAUGAAGACCUGUGUAAGAACAAGCCGCAGAUUGCUGUUGUUGACCCACUGAACGCAAGCGUCAUGCAUCUAACAGUUGGCAAGCAGUGUCUCUCCUUGGACAUGGGCACGUGGAAUUCGCUUGGGUGCACGCUGAUAGGUGAAGAUGAUCACCGCCGAGCGGAGUUUGAGCUCCUUAAACCGUGUGUGCUCCCACAGUGGCUUCAAUCAAGCCAGAUCCCCUCUUCAGGAACGCUUUCGAGGAACAAGGACAAUGUUAAAAGCAAGAGUUUAUCGGACAUUUUAGUUCGUGUAGACAGGGUCAAGAAGAAUUGAAAUGAAACAUCGAACGGGUUACUUGGUUCCGUAGAAAUCAACUGACAGAGGUGUUUUAACGAACUAGGAAGGUGAUGGAUGGUAGCUUGCAGAACUCUCAACUGGGGAAACUCUGGAGAAGUGGGGUCUAUUGGCCCUAGCAGUUUAUAUAGCUAUUUGUCUUAUUUCAGAAAGUUUGGAAGAGGUUUUGGUUUUAUGGAGCUCUUCUUUUUUGAGCGAGCGGGGAGCUUUGCUUGCACGCGUA